AUGCCGCCAAAUGGGAAGAAAGGGUCGGCGGCAGCUCGCCCGCCGCGCAGAGAUGUGCUGGCUUCGCUUCGCAUGGCGUCAAUGGAAGAUAUCUCUCGGGGCUCACUACCAGCGGAGAUAAUGUCGUCAAUUAUCGAAUACCUUGAUCCGAUAGAACUCGUUCAAGCAGCGAGGUCCUGCAGGCUCCUCCACGAAAUGGCGUAUGACGACACUCGAUGGGUACAAAAGCUAAAGCGAAUUGGAUGUUGGGACGAGACGGAUGCGCGGAAACAUGCCGAGACCGUCUUUGGGACCGUGGCUGAUUUGGAAACUGCCAAACAAAAGGAUAUGGCAGAAGAAGUCAGGAGUGCGGUUCCCACCAUUGCAUUGGAGAAGAUUCACCCAGCUACCAGCGUGAAUGAAUUGUCAGACGGGUUCGACAAGAUUGAAUUAGGGAAGGUCGCGCCACAAACUGACAUGCUGGAGAUGGACGAUGAGGAUCCCGUUCUAUCGGUUAUAAGGAAUGCCAAAUCAAUUCGAGGAGAGGCUCGCCAGCAGUAUGGCAAGAUCCAUGCUGCCUUGGGGCCUUUUUACUACGACAUUGGGACGAAUGGACCCUCGACUGAGAACCUGGUUUUCACCAAAUACAAAGAUCCGCAGGCACAAGCUAAGGUACUAUCGCAACUGCUGGCAUUUGCGAAAUCCGACAUGACCAAUGGGUGGCAAGAACGAGGAGAACGCCUGGAGAGCACGAUCUCUAUGUUUGAAACCGCCGCAUUGAAUGAGUUCCGAAAUGGAUAUGAAACGGGCGAUAUCGAUGGGGUCAUGCGGAAGUAUGCCAACAUUUUGUGGAUUCUCAACGGUGGCCAGUCUGCCGUAGAGCUCUUCAUACACCAUAACCACCUGGUGACACGAAAGUCCGAGCUGGGUACGCUUUCCGACUGCAUCGAUGGAUCGACUGGGGAGGUCAAACUACAGCAGACUCAAGCGUUCUUUACUCGGUUGAGCGUCGGAUAUAACGAGGAAAUUUCCAUCAUGAACCGGGUAUUCCCUCCCGAGCUAGAUGUUGCACGACGAUUCAUGGAGAAAAUUGGACAAGACGUCCUAUAUCCCUUCUUGACAGCUAUAUUUGACGAACUUCACCGAACUAACAUGGAGUCCUAUUUGAGGGCAAUUUCGAUCACCUUCAUACAGUGCAUGAACUUAUCCGAGUCCUUGCUGCCAAUCCGCAACUCCGGCGAGAAUUUCGACCACUAUUUGGACACGGUGGUUGCCAGGAUUUAUGAACCACACAUCGAUCUUUACCUAGCAGAAGAGCUCGACUUCUUCCGAAAGCGAUCCGAGGCCAUUGUAACAGACUGGGAUCGUCAACUAUCUGAACAAGCAGCUUCAACUGAAUCAUUCUUGAUGUCCAAUAUCAAUCGCCAAGCCGAUAAGCGGGAUUUCCUGACUUCAUUCAAGAAAGUGAUCAUGAUGCCUGUCAAUAUUCUACCCAGUUUUUCGAAAACCACCGAAGAACCCAAAUCCGAUUCCGAAGAGAAUGGUAAUAUCACAGCGCCAAAGAGUCCCAAUCGAUUUUCCACAAUUUCAUCACCCACACCGAUGCCGGUAGAAGAAGUCCCAACCACAGAACUCGCAGCCAAGGCAGCCAUCAUGAAGUCGAAGAUGGAGGGUAUUCGAUCUUUGUUUAGUAUCGAGAUUGCAUUGGGUCUCGUCCACUCGGCUAAGUCGAGUCUGGAGAGAGCCGCGCAGUUUGUACGACUUGGCGGGGAAUUCGGUGCAGCCGCGAAGCGGCAAUGUCAAGCAAUCUUUGUGGCACUGCUGCGUAUAUUGGGUCAUAGCCAUGUGAUUAUUGGAUUUGACAAGGCUGUGGAUCAUUUGUCCAAUUAUAGACCACGUGAACACGAGGAGCGUGAUCAAUCAGGAGUCGAGCCCUUGGUGACCUUUCUGGAGUUGGUCAACGUGGGUGAUCUGAUCCUGCAGAUGGUAGAUGUAUUCUAUGAGCAGGAAUUGAUCGGUACGAGUCUCACUGAUCGUAAUGACUUCUUGGAUCCAGCGAACAAGGAGAAGAAGCGGUUUGAACAGAUGUUGGACGAGCGGGUAGCGGCUGGGCUCAACAAGGGUAUUGAUGUCUUGAUGGAGGAAGUGGACUACAUUCUUGCUACGCGGCAAAUGGCCACAGAUUUCAACCCUGGUGUCUCCUCGGACCCUCACCGACAGACUAUGGACAUCAGUAUCAGUCCGGCGGCCUCAUCUAUUGUGGACGUGGUUUCUUCACACACGCAGAUGCUGGUGGGAAGUACCGACAAGAGCACAUUGGAUGUCUUCAACCAGGAAGUUGGAUUGCGCCUGUUCACGGCUUUGUGCAAGCAUAUCAAGCGGCAACGGAUCAGCGUCGAGGGUUCUUUGAAGCUCAUCAGCGACAUGAAUCACUAUUUCAAGUUCGUUCAGACCUUGCGGAACACUGAACUCCUGCUCUAUUUCAAGGCAUUCCGGGAGCUUGCCCAAAUCUACCUGAUCGAUCCAUCCGACGCGAAAGAACUGGCAACCGUCAUCGCUGACGCCGACCGUUUUUACGGGAUAUGGCGCGUGGAAGAAGUGUACGAGUUUGCGGAACGCCGGGCCGACUGGUACCAGGUAAAGCGUGAUGUGGAACGAGCUAUGUAUGGCAUUGGCUGCAGUGUUAUGUAA